AUGUCUGUUCCCUCGCCGUUCACGACUGCCCACAGGAAAUACGUGCAAGGCCUCUACAGGCGAUAUUUGAACAAUGAGCUGAACUGGCAUGUCAGCCGCGACGUUUGGAGGGGGAGGGCCAUCGCCGUCCGUGCUGAAUUUGAGCGGAACCGGAACGUACAUGAUCCACGAGAGCUGGCUGUGAUCCUGCAGAAGGCUGAGGCGGACUUGGCCGAACGGUUGCACCCCGAUCCUUACCGGCGUGAGUGCUGGCAACUUACCAGUCGUUAUAACCGUCUGACCGCGAUGCAGCGCCCGAGGCCGUCGACGGAACGAAAUGGUAUUUGUUGCAUAAAUUUGUAUCUGUAG